UGCGGAGGUCGUGAGCGCGGGCGUGCGGCUGCUGUCGUGCGCACACACACAAAAUGUUGGAGCGCUCGUCGCCGAGCAGAGCAGAGGCAGAGCAGCGCAGCGACGAGGAAGCGGAGCGAGAGGGAAUGAAUGCCCGAGCACGGGGCGUGUGAAGCGAAUAGCGAUCGUCGGCAUCCGCAGAGGGCGACAGGGAGGCCCGAGGGCCGGAGGGGGCGCUUUUCGCUUAGCAGAUAUCGGAUCAGUGGCCAGCUCGUCUCAUUGUAAAUUGGCAAUUCUUAAUUAGGCAGCGGAAUUUCGGACGCAGCAGGCAGCCCUGCAGCAGCAGGAGAAAAGGGAGCCUGCACAGGGCAACUUCAUUGCCUUCCGCUUCCCCGGAUCCCUUGCUUCUUGUUGCAGGCAGGCGUGGUGGGCGUGGCGCCAGGAUCGUCUCCUGCACGAGGAUCAGAUCUGAAGUCUUUCGCCCGCGAUAUCGCAAAGUGAGGCAUCAUGAACGGAGGUACUGCUACUAAUGGCGAAGGGGCCGUCAGCAAGCCUCCUCCCACCCCUUCACCGCUGCGAUCGUCGAAGUACACCACGGCAAAGAUGAGGAUUCUGAUCACUGGAGGAGCCGGUUUCAUAGGUUCACAUCUGGUGGAUCGCCUGAUGGAAGAAGGCACGAAUGAGGUCAUUGUGGCAGACAACUUUUUCACAGGAACUAAGGAGAAUCUGAAGCGCUGGAUGGGACACCCAAAUUUUGAACUCAUCCGUCAUGAUGUCACAGAGCCUCUCCUAGUUGAAGUAGAUCAGAUCUACCACUUGGCUUGCCCAGCGUCACCAAUAUUUUACAAGCACAACCCUGUGAAGACGAUCAAAACAAAUGUUAUGGGUACCUUGAAUAUGCUCGGUUUGGCUAAGCGUGUCGGAGCAAGGAUUCUCCUAACAUCGACCUCCGAGGUAUACGGUGAUCCUCUGGAGCACCCACAGAAGGAAGAAUACUGGGGAAAUGUCAACCCAAUCGGAGUAAGGAGUUGUUAUGAUGAAGGAAAACGUGUUGCAGAAACUCUGAUGUUCGACUACCACAGACAACAUGGAGUUGAAAUCAGAAUUGCAAGAAUCUUCAACACUUACGGUCCACGCAUGAAUAUCGACGAUGGGCGUGUUGUGAGCAACUUCAUUGCUCAAGCUUUAAGAGGUGAAGUGAUGACAGUUCAAGCGCCAGGAACUCAAACUCGCAGCUUCUGUUACGUUUCAGACAUGGUUGAUGGACUAAUGAAACUUAUGCGAGGAGAGAACACCGGCCCUAUCAACAUUGGCAACCCAGGCGAAUUUACCAUGCUGGAGCUUGCCGAAGCUGUAAAAGAGCUUAUUGCCCCAGAAGCAAGUUACAAAAUUACCGAGAACACUCCUGAUGAUCCUCGUCAGCGAAAACCUGACAUUACCAAAGCUACAAAGCUACUUGGCUGGGCACCUACAGUGUCCCUACACCAGGGACUUCCCUUGAUGGCUGCAGACUUCGCCGAAAGGCUGGGCGUAGAGCGGAAGACAGAUUAAGGGGCUGGUCAUUUUCUCUAGACUGUACUCAGAGACGUCCUCGUCAAUUUAGACGUUGGCCUGGUCAGCCAUAAAGAAACGAGUACCGUAGGCGAUUUUUUCAACCCAUACUCUGUAGGAACGAACUCUGGAGCAAUACGCACUGACAGGGUUACUUGCAAUGCAUAUAUUCAAAGCUCUCGCUUAUCAACCCAAACGUUCACAUUCUUUAGGUAUGGUGUAUAGUGAUAGCGUUGUUAGCUGUGUAGUGCAGCUUUAGAAUUAAAAUCAAUUUGUUCCUCGGGUUCUUUGCUUCAGGAAUCCUUUGGGUUCACCUAUUGGUAGAAUAAUGUGAAAUAUUUCCAAAGGGCCUAAUAACAAUUUUGACAAUCACAUUGGAUAUGAAGAAUUUCCUCAUGU